AUGGCAGCUGGCUAUGCGGCUGGCGCACCGGGCAAGAACAAGCGGAUCCUAGCGCUGUUCGACGUCGAUGGCACCCUCACGGAGCCCCGGAAGGUGGUGUCGCCUGAGACCGUUAGCUACCUCCAGUCUCUCCGGGAGAAGAUCUGCAUAGGGGUCGUCGGGGGCUCUGACCUCGCCAAGCAGAAAGAGCAGCUUGGUGAUAGUCCAAACCAGUUUGACUUCUGCUUCUCCGAGAAUGGCCUGCUGGCCUACAAGGACGGAGCAAAGAUCGGCGAAACCUCGAUAGUCCAGCACCUUGGGGAGGAGAAGCUGAAGAAGCUGGUCAACUGGGUGCUGAAGUAUUUUUCCGAGUUGGACAUCCCGGUCAAGCGUGGAACCUUUGUGGAGUUCCGCCAGGGCAUGCUCAACCUCUCUCCGAUUGGCCGCAACUGCAGCCGAGAAGAGCGAAACGAGUUUGAGAAGUUCGACUUGGCAAACAACAUCCGAAAGACAAUGGUGGCCAAGAUGAAGGAGGAGUUUGCCGACUACAACAUGACCUACUCCAUAGGUGGGCAGAUCUCUUUCGAUGUCUUCCCGACUGGGUGGGACAAAACCUACUGCCUGCGCUACCUGCCAGAGGCAGACUUCGAUGAGAUUCAUUUCUUCGGUGACAAGACGUUCGAGGGUGGCAACGACUUCGAGAUCUACACCCACCCGAGGACCAAAGGUCACAGCAUCGACGAUGCCAACCCCUUGACCACACUCAAGAAGCUUGAAGAGCUUUUCGGGGUCCCCGCGCCCAAAGCGCUGACGCCGCCAAGUUCUCACUAG